AGGAACUCUGAAGGGCGGAGCUAUAAGACGGAACCCUAUAAAUACCAGUGACGCGUUGCCUGGCAGACAGUUGCGAAGAAGAACGUCUUUUUGAAACUGGCCGUGUUGUCACCGCGCCGCGAUAUUAUUUAUUUCCUGACUGCCUGAGUGAAGCGAUAAAAAAUGCAGAUCUUUGUGAAGACCUUGACCGGCAAGACCAUCACCCUGGAGGUGGAGCCAAGUGACACCAUUGAGAAUGUAAAGGCCAAGAUCCAGGACAAGGAAGGCAUUCCUCCAGACCAACAGAGGCUGAUCUUUGCUGGAAAGCAGUUGGAAGAUGGCCGCACCCUCUCUGACUACAACAUUCAGAAGGAGUCCACCCUCCAUCUUGUCCUGCGUCUGAGGGGUGGAAUGCAGAUCUUUGUGAAAACCUUGACCGGCAAGACCAUCACCCUGGAGGUGGAGCCAAGUGACACCAUUGAAAACGUGAAGGCCAAGAUCCAGGACAAGGAAGGCAUUCCUCCAGACCAACAGAGGCUGAUCUUUGCUGGAAAGCAGUUGGAAGAUGGCCGCACCCUCUCUGACUACAACAUUCAGAAGGAGUCAACUCUCCACCUUGUCCUGCGUCUGAGGGGUGGAAUGCAGAUCUUUGUGAAGACCUUGACCGGCAAGACCAUCACCCUGGAGGUGGAGCCAAGUGACACCAUUGAAAACGUGAAGGCCAAGAUCCAGGACAAGGAAGGCAUUCCUCCAGACCAACAGAGGCUGAUCUUUGCUGGAAAGCAGCUGGAAGAUGGCCGCACCCUCUCCGAUUACAACAUUCAGAAGGAGUCAACUCUCCACCUUGUCCUGCGUCUGAGGGGUGGAAUGCAGAUCUUUGUGAAGACCUUGACCGGCAAGACCAUCACCCUGGAGGUGGAGCCAAGUGACACCAUUGAAAACGUGAAGGCCAAGAUCCAGGACAAGGAAGGCAUUCCUCCAGACCAACAGAGGCUGAUCUUUGCUGGAAAGCAGCUGGAAGAUGGCCGCACCCUCUCCGAUUACAACAUCCAGAAGGAGUCAACUCUCCACCUUGUCCUGCGUCUGAGGGGUGGGAUGCAGAUCUUCGUGAAGACCUUGACCGGCAAGACCAUCACCCUGGAGGUGGAACCCAGUGACACCAUUGAAAACGUGAAGGCCAAGAUCCAGGACAAGGAAGGUAUUCCUCCAGACCAACAGAGGCUGAUCUUCGCUGGGAAGCAGCUGGAAGAUGGCCGCACCCUCUCUGACUACAACAUUCAGAAGGAGUCCACCCUCCAUCUUGUCCUGCGUCUGAGGGGUGGGAUGCAGAUCUUCGUGAAGACCUUGACUGGCAAGACCAUCACCCUGGAAGUGGAACCCAGUGACACCAUUGAGAACGUGAAGGCCAAGAUCCAGGACAAGGAAGGCAUUCCUCCAGACCAACAGAGGCUGAUCUUUGCUGGAAAGCAGCUGGAAGAUGGCCGCACCCUCUCCGACUACAACAUCCAGAAGGAGUCCACCCUCCAUCUUGUCCUGCGUCUGAGGGGUGGAAUGCAGAUCUUUGUGAAGACCUUGACCGGCAAGACCAUCACCCUGGAGGUGGAGCCAAGUGACACCAUUGAAAACGUGAAGGCCAAGAUCCAGGACAAGGAAGGCAUUCCUCCAGACCAACAGAGGCUGAUCUUUGCUGGAAAGCAGCUGGAAGAUGGCCGCACCCUCUCCGAUUACAACAUCCAGAAGGAGUCAACUCUCCACCUUGUCCUGCGUCUGAGGGGUGGGAUGCAGAUCUUCGUGAAGACCUUGACCGGCAAGACCAUCACCCUGGAGGUGGAACCCAGUGACACCAUUGAAAACGUGAAGGCCAAGAUCCAGGACAAGGAAGGUAUUCCUCCAGACCAACAGAGGCUGAUCUUUGCUGGAAAGCAGCUGGAAGAUGGCCGCACCCUCUCUGACUACAACAUUCAGAAGGAGUCCACCCUCCAUCUUGUCCUGCGUCUGAGGGGUGGGAUGCAGAUCUUCGUGAAGACCUUGACUGGCAAGACCAUCACCCUGGAAGUGGAACCCAGUGACACCAUUGAGAACGUGAAGGCCAAGAUCCAGGACAAGGAAGGCAUUCCUCCAGACCAACAGAGGCUGAUCUUUGCUGGAAAGCAGCUGGAAGAUGGCCGCACCCUCUCCGACUACAACAUCCAGAAGGAGUCCACCCUCCAUCUUGUCCUGCGUCUGAGAGGAGGCAAUUAGAUGUUCUGAACAAUUUUCAAGUUGCUAGUAAAGUUUGUUUGCACUGUAGCAGUAUAAUGGCUUAAAUGUUGUAAGGUUAAUUGCAAGUUUCCAGUAACUGCUAGACUGUGUGUGAAUGCUAAUAAAGUUUUCUGUUGCACAUCA